ACAGCAUUGCUGCUACACGUUGAGCUGGAGUCAAUCAUUUGAGAGCAGGCGCUGAAAUAAACAAAAUUUCAUAUUUUACAACUGAAAGUUAAAAGUUUUACAAGUUUUCAAUCAUCAACUCGUAUCGAUUGCAAGCAGUCUGCUCCGUCUGCACUCGCAUUGAGGAUGCUCACCAAACGUUUGGACCAGCUCCGGGCUAUGGCAGUGGCACAUAACUUGCUCACGGGCCGCUCAACUGCUGCUCAGCAAGUUGGUCGCAUUUACAGUACAAAGAAAAUGCAAAAUCAACAACAGCAGCAGCAGCAGCAGCAGCAGCAGAAGCAGCAGCAGCCGCAACAGCAGCAGAAACAACAACAACAGCAACCACAGCAGCAGCCGCAGCAGCAGAAGUCGUCCAAGCAAAUGCCGCAGCAAAAGUCCUCCAAGCAAAUGAAGGAGCAGCAGCAGCAGCAGCAGCAGCAGCAGGAGUCAUCGCAAAAGCAAGAACUAUCGCCAGAGCAAACACCAUCGCAUGACGAUGAGUCGAAGGGUGGAGCGGCCAUGUCGGAAGUCGAUUGGCUGACGCAGGAGCUGGCCACCAUCAAGGUGGAGCACAAGCAGCUGCUGGACAAGUACAAGCGCGCGCUGGCCGACGGGGAGAACUUGCGCCGUCGGCUGAACAGGCAGAUCGACGAGGCCAAGCUCUUUGGCAUACAGGGCUUCUGCAAGGAUCUGAUCGAGGUGGCCGAUGUACUGGGCCAUGCCACCCGGUCGGUGCCCAAGGACAAGCUGAGCACAAAUGCCGAACUGAAGAGCCUGUACGAGGGCCUCAAUCUGACGCGCGCCUCGCUGCAGCAGGUGUUCAAGCGGCAUGGCGUCGAGAUCUUGGAUCCGAUCAAUCAGAAAUUCGAUCCCAAUCUGCAUGAGGCGCUCUUCCAGACGGUGGACAAAUCGGUCGAUGCCGACACUGUGGUGCAGGUCAACAAAUUGGGCUACAAAUUGCACAAACGUUGCAUACGCCCCGCUCUGGUCGGCGUCUCCAAGCGCUAAACAGCAAAGUCAUGCAGUGCAAAAAAAAAAAUAUAUAUAAAUAUAUAUAUCUGUAUAUGAAUAUGCAUAUAUAUGUAUAAUGCAUAUAUAUACAUAUACAUAUACAUAUACAUCUAUAUAUAUAUGUAUGUAUUCUGGACAGUUCCAAGAGCCAUUCAAUAUCCAUAAUACCUGUCCACAUGGCCACAUGGCCACAUGGUCAAGCACACAUUGUUCGCAAAAUUUUCUUUGUCAUGCCACAAAAUUCACAUAAAAUUCACAUUCACGCACUCAGCCAGCCAACGUAGACAGCUUAAAGUUCUCAUAAUAAAAAAAAAAAAAAAAAAGGAAUAA